UAAGAAUUGAUAGGCUCAUGAAUUUUAACUGGAUUUUAAUGUUGGGUUUUUCUCUUUAGAUUGAAUAAAGCUGAAAGGAGAGAAGUUGAAGGAAUUUUUUUAGUUUAAGUAGUGAUGGGGAAUCCAUUGUUUUAUGAGAUAUUGGAAAAACCAGCAACAAGCUGUAUAAUAGGAAUCUGUAGUGGAAUAUGGUAUUACAUCCAGAAGAAGAACAUUGGUUAUCAGCAUGUCGGUUUAAGUUACGAAACGGCGUUGGAAGGGCAAUAUUGGAGAGUAAUUACUUCAGCUUUUUCACAUAUAAGUGUUCAUCUUGUUUUCAAUAUGAGUGCCCUUUGGAGUCUUGGUGUUGUUGAGCAAUUAGGCCAUUUAGGCCUUGGAGUGGCUUAUUACCUUCAUUACACACUUGUUUUGGUUGUUGUGUCGGGGUUGCUCGUGUUGGGAAUGUACCAUUUGUUAAUUCAGCGGUUUAAGAUUGAGUAUUUCCGGCGAGUGACUGUUGUCGGUUAUUCUUGUGUUGUUUUUGGAUGGAUGACGGUUUUGUCUGUGAAGCAACCUUCAUCAAAGUUGGAUCUCUUUGGAUUCCUUUCGCUUCCUAUUAGUUUUGCGCCUUUCGAGUCGUUGAUUUUCACUUGGAUAAUUGUUCCGCAAGCAAGUUUUGUUGGACAUUUAUCUGGAAUCAUUGUGGGGUAUGCUAUAGCUUGGGGCUUGAUUCAUGGGAUGACCAGUUAUUGGGCAGCUUCCAUGGUGGGAUGGAUUGCAGUAGUUUCUGCAUUUAGUUUGAAACAUUCUGGUGCAUAUGAUUUCGAUUUUCUUGAGAUCGAAUCCAUUACAGAUCCUUCAUUGCCUUGUAUCCGGUUUAUCGGAGAUGGUAGAACCUUGCAGAUUAGUACAGUUCCGGUUGAAGGCAUUCAAAUUGUUUAGUUGGUUUGUGAAGAAUGAAGGUGGUGGUUUUGCU